AUGCAGACAAUUAAAUGUGUUGUCGUUGGUGAUGGUGCAGUUGGUAAAACUUGUCUUUUAAUAUCAUAUACAACAAACAAGUUUCCUUCAGAAUAUGUUCCUACUGUAUUUGAUAACUAUGCUGUCACUGUCAUGAUUGGAGAGGAACCAUACACACUUGGAUUAUUUGAUACAGCAGGUCAGGAGGACUAUGACCGUCUUCGUCCACUUUCAUAUCCUCAAACUGACGUCUUCCUCGUCUGUUUCUCAGUCACUUCACCAGCAUCAUUUGAAAAUGUCAGAGAGAAGUGGUUUCCUGAAGUUCACCAUCACUGCCCUGGUGUACCUUGCCUGAUCGUUGGUACACAAGUCGAUUUACGUGAUGAUCCUGCUGUUAUUGAAAAAUUAGCUAGACAGAGACAACGACCUAUCAGUUAUGAAGCAGGCGAAAGGUUGGCUAAAGAUUUAGGGGCAGUCAAAUACGUCGAGUGUUCAGCUCUCACUCAGAAAGGUUUAAAGAAUGUUUUUGAUGAAGCUAUUGUCGCAGCAUUAGAACCUCCAGUUUCAAAAAAACCCAAAAAAUGCUUCCUUUUGUAA